CUCGUCACUCUUGUUCACCUGAAGGUACCCUUCGCAACCCGGCGGCAACUUCUGCGUCUCGAUUCACCAGACCCCGCGAUACACCAACACCUACUAUUCUGCAUACGACCUGACUACGGUCCUUCUUCAGCCGCACACGGCGGAAGUUGCGCCGCAUUCUCUCAGCGCGACGAUGGAGACUACGGUCAAUCUUCGUCGCAAAGAUACCACAAAGGGUCCUCCGUUGAGGAUCCUUUCGUUGGAUGGAGGUGGUGUUAGAGGUUACUCGAUGCUCAUCCUCUUACAGGAACUCAUGUACCGUACCUAUGUCGAGUGUGAAGGCAAAGCCCCUCGUCGGGAUGAAAUCCCCAAACCGUGCGAGCAUUUCGACCUUAUCGCGGGCACAGGAACUGGUGGUCUGAUCGCCCUCAUGCUGGGACGUCUCCGCCUCGAUAUCGAGACUUGCAAGGAGGUCUAUGUGCGCAUGACCAAGAUGGUCUUCGAGACCGACAAGACUAUUGCUGGAAUUCCCUACCGAUCCACAUUGUUCAAGGCCUCGAGACUCGAGGAGGCUAUUAAACAAUGUGUGCGAGAGCACACCGUCUUUGAAUCGGAAGGGAAUGACAUGGGCGGUUCUAGCAGAGACUCCAUCAGUCCUAUCUUCAGUCCCAGCAGUAUCAGCAUUCCGCGGAGGACGCUUAGUCGUGGCAGUGUGAGCACUGUUGGGGCAUCCAGUCCCACCACGCCUGUCAGUCAGAGGAACUCGACUUUCAUUAAUGGACUAAGAUGGGGCAACCCCGAUGCUCUUCUCUAUGAUAACCGAGAAUAUAGAACAAAGACUGCUGUCACUGCUGUCUACAAAGGGACAUCUAGGAAUGGUUCCGCCGCUUUACUACGGUCCUACGAUUCGAGAAAGGAGCCUCCCCCUGAAUUUAACUGCACGAUUUGGCAAGCUGGUCGAGCCACAUCUGCCACGGGACUGGCAUUUAAGCCCAUCCAGAUCGGACAACAUGUCUUCAUUGACGAAGGGGCCGGAACGUACAAUCCCGCACCCCUUAUUCUCGAUGAAGCAACGGUAAACGAGUGGCCAGGAAGGGAAGUUGGCGUCUUCGUUAGCAUCGGCACUGGAAAACGACCUGCGGGAACAAACAGUCGUCAGCACGAGUGGUGGGAGUCCUUUUUCAGUGAUGCUCUGGGCACCUUCGCGGAGGCGCGAAGACGACUGAUCGCUAAGAUUGAGGGAUGCGAAGACAUCCAUCAAAAUAUGCUGCGGGACCACUUGGCGAAAAGGAACGUCAGCAAGGACAACUACUACCGAUUGAACGUUGAGGUGGGAGUUGGAGAAUUCGGAAUGAACGAGUGGAACCGACUGGCAGAUAUAAGUACGAGUACUCGAAGGUAUCUGUCAAAGCCAGAUGUGCAGAAGAUGAAUCUCAGCGCCUCUGUCAAGCUCGCCAAGAUUGACCGCAUGCACCGUCGGCUUGCUGCCCACACUGCAGCUGCGAAUGCUCCUGAUGAGGUGGCUGCAGCUCCUGGAAUAACAUCUCUUCAGCAGAUGGCUGUCCCCCCACCAAUGAAUCCCAUGGCGGUAGAGCUUCCUGCAGAGCUACCUGCAGAUAUUCCAUUCGAACGCCUAUCAGUAUCACAACCCAGUGUUCAUCUUACCUCUCCCCAGGACAAAUUCAGCAUAGUCGCCUCCGACGAGCCUUCUGUACCAGGGGACCAAAGCCAUAUUCAUCCCGCCUUUCGUACCAACGGUGACAAUCCCUUACGGCAUAGCUACGAGCAUAGUCGGCCCAGUUCACAGCAGCAUGGCUCGCCGCGUCACAGUGCAGAAUCCAUGGAUGUAACGCCUCCUCCUGUUCCACCUAAGACUCCAAUUCCGUAUCCUGUCGGUGAUGGAGGAAUCACGAUGCCUCUGCCACCUGUCACUGCACCACCACCCUUGAAACCUCAUCAUCACCAUUCUUCGCUUCUCCCUCCCUAUCCAGUCGAUGGACCACCACCUGCUGUCAACAAGCUGCGGAAGCCGACCUACAACGUGAGAUGAUCAUCGAACGGUGAUGGGUUUCUGUAAUGUUUUUUUGAAGCUAUCUGGGAUCCAGUAUCUCAUUCGGAAAGUUCCAUCACGAAGACGGGCACCGCGACAGUCUUUUCCUAACCUCGCUCAUUGAGAAUCACGAAGAUCAUGAUCCCAUCUGAUGUUAUUAUAUUCCCUUGAUGUACCCAGUUUGUUUGACGAGUUCUUCACAUUGUCACGUCUACGGGAAGGCGUUAUCCGCUCUGUUCACACAUUCGUCUGUUUUUGUAUUUAUCUUUUCCGCAUUGUGAUACCAAGACGGCCCGUGAGAUAGGAUGGUACGGAGGGACCAAGGACUGGAUGGGCAAGGAAGGCGCGGGUGGGAUGGGAGCAAUGUAUCAUCUAUUACCUAGUAGCUGUUGAGAUACGUUCUUUUGUUAGCUACAACAGCACCAAGAGAAAACAUGAACAUUGAAUGCUCUAUUUGCUUGCCAUUACUGCU